AUGAACUUAUCUCAAACAUUUGUUGUUCAGCGACUCGGAACAGUGUUGUUUCCUUUGGAUGAAGGUGCUGAACGCUUUGCUGUGGUGCUCUAUCACGACAAAGCGGAACAAUUUGGACCAGCCAAUUUUAUCAUACAUUCUAUUGAUAUUAGAUCUGCUAAUGAUGAAAUAUUAUGUUAA